AUGGCUACAAGACCUUUGGUUGCGAAUUUCUCUACAGCUAGUAGCCCUUGUGCAAAGAUCAAACGCCAUGGAUGGGUGAAACCAAAGAGAGGCUAUGACAAGUUAAAUGUUGAUGGAUCUUUUGAUCCUGAUUUGCUUGAAGGGGCAUAUGGAGCUGUUUUGAGGGACUCUACUAGUAAAUUUAUUGGCGCUGGAAAUGGUAAACUUGAAUGGUGUGGAGAUGUGCUGCUCAUGACUGAAGCAACAACCCUACGACUUGGUCUUAAUCUGGCUGCAACGUUGGGGUGUAACCGUUUGAAAGUUAACUCUGAUAAUGAUGAGGUGAGUGAGACGAUUAUUAAUGGCGGGUGGUCAUAUGGAUUGGCAACUGCAAUAUUUGAUGAUUGUUAUCAUAGUGCAUGUGACUCCUCUCAUGUCAUUUUUUAG